CAUUGAUGAGACUGGUAUAUCAACCACCACUAAUAAGCCACCUAAAGUGCUAUCAAUAAACGGAAAGAAGCAGGAAAAAGAUGCCGCCCAGGCUACUCGAUAGUGCGCCUCCCGACACUCAAAAAACCUGUUCUUCAAAUGGUUAGACUUCAGGUGAGGUAUUCCUCGAUUGGAUGCAUUUUUUGUGGGAUAUGUUCGACCCACCCUCGAGAAAAAAAAAAUACUUCUUCUAUUGGACAACCACGAGAGCCAUUAGUAUUACCCAGCUUUGGAUUACACCAGCGAAAAGAAGCUCAUAAAAUGCAGCUUUGGAUGUAGCAAUUAACGGGCCUACUAAAAACAUAUUUUGAAAGGAAUGUUAAUGUUUUUCAAAAAUCACACCCAGGACGCAUUAUAAAUUGAUAUGAUGUGGCCAAACUGUUAUCGCCGGCAUUUUGGAAAGUGCAGUAGCUAUAAAUGCAGUUAAUGGGUUUGAAAGACCCGGUAUUUGGCUAGUUGAUGAAUAUGCUUUUUGUGACGAAGAUUAUGAACCAGCCGCCGUGAUUGCAGGUACAUCUGUUAAUAUGAAUAUUCACACAGAAGGCACCAGUUUACUAGAAACGAUUGAUACUCGCGGACCUGCUACAGAAACUUCGUCAACCCCUUCACCUUCACUUCUUCAAGAACUUAUUUCUCCGAAUCCAGUCAAUUCUUUAGUAAAAAUAACUCCAUGUUCGAGUAGAGCUUCCCCGUCUGAGCUUCAAGCCUUUGUUACGCCAAUUAUAGUCUCUCUUAACACACCUGAAAAGAUUAGUAGUGAUGUUGGAUCUACAGGCACACCUCAACUGGAACCUGGAUGUUUUCCAUCUUUCUCCGCUUUCGAACUAGAUGCAACAACAAAUGCCCAGAAAAGUGAUACAUUGCGGCUACAAACUGAAGUAAAUAUUGAACAAAAUGCGAGCAUUUCACUGGAUCCCAAACCU